AUGUGGCCGAUCAAGUUUGUUGACGGCGCUAGGCCAGGUAAAAAGAUCAAAUUAGAUAAGCCAAAUGUCGAAAAAAAUUAUGAAGACAAUCGCCCGCCUCGCGAAUUUAAAGAAAAAUGGAAGGAGGGGAGAGACUGGUUAUUGUACGACGAUAAAACAGGCAUGAGGUGUGCUGUAUGUGUUGACGCUGGUGAAAAUAUCAAGGCCCCGAAAAACAAUUUCAUUACAGGAUCCAAAAAUUUUAGGUUUAGUACUGUCGCAGAUCACGAAAAAUCGAUAUCACAUAUCCAUGCUUCAAAGGAUGUUGCAUCUCGAGUUGAAGCAGCUAAGAAAACGUCAGUUGCUCAUAAGACUGUGCUAUCUUUGAAUGAGGCUGCCCGAAAACAAAUUGAACUUAAAUUCCGCAACAUACAUGCAUUGGUAAAGAAUAAUCGGCCAAUUAGUGACUUUACAUGGUUAAAUGAACUUGAUAUUGCCAAAGGUGUUGAUCACGGAACCACCUACAACAACCUUACUGCAGCAACAGCUUUUUUAGAGUGCAUUUCAGAUGUUGAAAGGGAAAGGAUGAAAGAAUUGUUGACAGGUAUCAAAUUCUUUUCUCUGACUAUGGAUGGUAGUACAGACUGUGCAGUUGUAGAGCAAGAGACAUUAUUUUUUCGUGCAGCUAAGAAUGGAAAAAUUAUUACUAGAUUUUUAUGCAUUGGGGAACCAAAUUCAACCUCUUCAGCAGAUUUAUAUACAUUUGUGAAUGGCAGUAUUCAAGAGAAUGGGUUGGACAAACACAUGAGUAAACUUGUGGGUUUUGGAAGUGACGGGGCUGCCAAUAUGAUGGGAAAGAAGACUGGUUUAGUAACUUUGAUGAAACAUGACCACCCUGAAAUGAUAGGGAUUCAUUGUUUAGCGCAUAGAUUAGAGCUGGCAUUCAAAGACAUAUUCAAGGGUGACAAGCUUUACAUACAGCUUACCACACUCCUUCUUGGGAUUUAUUACUUUUAUAAGAAUAGUCCAAAGCAAAGAAAAUGUCUAAAGAGAAGCAUGGAAAUUUUAGAUGUAAAAGGCACAUUACCCCACAGGGUAUGUGGAAGUCGAUGGUUGCCCCACAUGAAGAAGGCCUUGGGUACGUUGUUCAAAACCUACCCUGCAUUCUUUACACAGUUGCAGAAUGCAUCACAUGGUAAUGCCAAGGCAGAGGGACUUUUCAAGAUGUUGGAAAGUUAUAACAUUUUGCUAUAUGCUGCACUUUUGCAGGAGAUCAUUGGUCCUCUCACACGAUUAUCCUUAACACUCCAGAAAACAGACAUUACACUUGGGGAUGCCAAAGAUAUGAUCUGUGCUACAAAGGAACUCCUACUGCAGAUUGACACCAGUGACUGCACCAAAUUUCAGAGUAUUGUUAAAGAUAAGGAGUGGAUAGGACACCCAUUGAAAGUAAAAGGAAAUGAGCUUCAAAUCCAGAACAGAUGCAACACCAUCGUGUCAGCAUUGAUCAAGCACAUUGACCUUAGAUACAAGGACCUGAAUGAUGAUGUGCUCGAGUCAACACUUAUUGGUAGCUUCAGAAAUUGGCCAUGUGAAAUGAAAUCUGCUUUGGAACACCGGUGAUAGACCUAGUCUUUGGUGUGAAGGAGGUGAAACAGCUGGUGGCAAGGUUUGACAGGACACUACUGAGUCAGGGAGUGGCAACAGAAGAAAUUUGUCAAGAGUGGCAAACUAUGAAGAGCCUUUUGUACCA